CGGCGGCCGCGGGCAGUCGGGGCCUCGGGGAGCCCGGCAUGGAGGAGGACGAGCCGGCCGAGCCGGACGGAGGAGGUGAGCAUCGGGCCUGCUGAGCCUCCCCCGACCCGCUAGCCAUGCCCGGGAUCGUGGUGUUCCGCCGGCGCUGGUCUGUGGGCAGUGAUGACCUCGUCCUGCCAGCCAUCUUCCUCUUCCUCCUCCACACCACCUGGUUUGUGAUUCUGUCGGUGGUGCUGUUUGGCCUGGCGUACAACCCCAACGAGACCUGCUCCCUCAACCUGGUGGACCACGGGCGGGGCUACCUGGGCAUCCUGCUGAGUUGCAUGAUCGCAGAGAUGGCCAUCAUCUGGCUGAGCAUGCGGGGCGGCAUCCUCUACACGGAACCGCGGGACUCCAUGCAGUACGUGCUCUACGUCCGUCUGGCCAUCUUGCUGAUCGAGUUUAUCUAUGCCAUCGUGGGUAUCGUCUGGCUCACCCAGUACUACAACUCCUGCAAUGACAUCACCGCCAAGAACGUUACCCUAGGGAUGGUGGUCUGCAACUGGGUGGUCAUCCUGAGCGUCUGCAUCACCGUGCUGUGCGUCUUUGACCCCACGGGACGGACUUUCGUCAAACUGCGGGCCACCAAGAGGAGACAGCGCAACCUGAGGACGUACAACCUGCGACAUCGCUUAGAGGAGGGUCAAGCCACCAGCUGGUCUCGUCGCCUCAAAGUUUUCCUCUGCUGUACACGUACCAAGGACUCCCAGUCAGACGCCUACUCGGAAAUCGCCUACCUCUUCGCCGAGUUCUUCCGGGACCUAGACAUCGUUCCGUCCGACAUCAUCGCGGGCCUGGUGCUCCUGCGGCAGCGGCAGCGUGCCAAGCGCAACGCUGUGCUGGAUGAGGCCAACAAUGACAUUUUGGCUUUCUUAUCUGGGAUGCCAGUAACCAGAAACACCAAGUAUCUGGAUCUCAAAAACUCGCAAGAGAUGCUGCGCUACAAAGAGGUCUGUUACUACAUGCUCUUUGCCUUGGCUGCGUACGGGUGGCCCAUGUACUUGAUGCGGAAGCCAGCCUGUGGGGUCUGCCAGCUAGCCAGGUCCUGCUCGUGCUGCCUGUGUCCCACCCGGCCCCGCUACGGUCCGGGCGUCACCAUCGAGGAAGACAACUGCUGCGGCUGCAACGCCAUGGCCAUCCGCCGCCACUUCUUGGACGAGAACCUGACCUCAGUGGAUAUCGUCUACACCUCCUGCCACGACGCGGUCUACGAAACGCCCUUCUACGUGGCAGUGGACCACGAUAAGAAGAAGGUGGUCAUCAGCAUCCGAGGAACGCUGUCCCCCAAGGAUGCUCUGACGGACCUGACCGGGGAUGCGGAGCGCCUCCCGGUAGAGGGUCACCACGGAACAUGGCUGGGUCACAAGGGAAUGGUCCUCUCUGCUGAAUACAUUAAGAAGAAACUGGAGCAAGAGAUGGUCCUCUCUCAGGCGUUUGGGCGGGACCUGGGCCGAGGAACCAAGCACUAUGGCCUGAUCGUGGUGGGCCACUCCCUGGGGGCGGGCACCGCCGCCAUCCUCUCUUUCCUGCUGCGCCCUCAGUAUCCGACGCUCAAGUGUUUUGCCUAUUCUCCUCCCGGCGGGCUGCUCAGUGAUGACGCUAUGGAGUACUCCAAGGAGUUUGUGACGGCUGUUGUCCUGGGCAAAGACCUCGUCCCCAGGAUUGGCCUCUCGCAGCUGGAGGGUUUCCGGCGACAGCUCCUCGACGUUCUCCAGCGGAGCACCAAGCCCAAGUGGAGAAUCAUCGUGGGGGCCACCAAGUGCAUCCCCAAGUCAGAGCUCCCCGAGGAGGCAGAGGUGACCACCAUGGCGAGCAACCGGCUCUGGACCCACCCCAGCGACUUGACCAUCGCCCUGUCGGCCAGCACCCCCCUCUACCCGCCCGGCCGCAUCAUCCACGUGGUGCACAAUCACCCCGCCGAGCAGUGCUGUUGCUGUGAGCAGGAGGAGCCCACGUAUUUUGCCAUUUGGGGUGACAACAAGGCUUUCAACGAGGUGAUCAUCUCCCCAGCCAUGCUGCACGAGCACCUCCCAUAUGUGGUCAUGGAGGGGCUCAACAAGGUCUUGGAGAACUACAACAAGGGGAAGACGGCCCUGCUGUCCGCAGCCAAAGUGAUGGUCAGUCCCACCGAGGUGGACCUGACCCCAGAGCUCAUCUUCCAGCAGCAGCCGCUGCCCACCGGCCCUCCGGUGCCCACCAGCCUCACCUUGGAGCUGCCCACGGCCGACGGGAGGAACAGCAGUGUCAAGAGCAAGUCGCAGUCGGAGAUCAGCCUGGAAGGCUUCUACGAGGCCAAGCCCCUGUCCCCGGGCCCCAAGGACCCCGUGGAGCUGCUCCUGCUGACCACGCAGGAGCGCCUGGCGGCCGAGCUGCAGGACCGGCGGGCCCCGCUGGCCACCAUGGAGAGCCUGUCGGACAACGAGUCCCUGUACAGCCUGGACUCGCGCCGCUCCUCGGGCUUCCGCAGCAUCCGCGGCUCGCCCAGCCUGCACGCCGUCCUGGAGCGGGACGAGGGCCCCUGCUUCUACAUCGACCCCGCCAUCCCCGAAGAGAACCCCUCGCUCAGCUCGCGCACGGAGCUGCUGGCCUCGGACAGCCUGUCGAAGCACUCCCAGGACAGCCAGCCCCCGGAGGCGGGCCCGGGCGGCAGCCCCGAGGAGCGGGGCUCGCCCCCCGGCCCGGCCCUGCCCAACGGACGGCUCGGGGACUCGCCCAGCCCCCAGGUGCUGGAGUUCGCCGAGUUCAUCGACAGCCUCUUCAACCUGGACAGCGAGAGCAGCUCCUUCCAGGACCUGUACUGCAUGAUGGUGGCCGACAGCCCCGCCCCCCGCGACCUGGCCGACCUGCCCAAGUCCGUGAGUGAGCAGGAGAUCCUCCUCCGGGCCCAGUUCGAGCCCAACCUGGUGCCCAAGCCCCCCCGGCUCUUCGCCGGCUCCACCGACCCCUCCUCCGGCAUCUCCGUGUCCCCCUCCUUCCCGCUCAGCUCGUCCGGGGAGCUCACGGACCUGACCCCCACCGGCCUGAGCAGCCAGGAGUGCCUGGCCGCGGACAAGAUCCGGACUUCUACUCCGGUCGGCGCCCCGGCCGGCCCCUCCAAGCAGGAAGAGCUGAUGAUCUCGGCCCUCUAAUACCGGGGAGGGGGGGAGGCUCCCGGGCUCCUCCCCCGCAGCCGCCUCCAGGGAGACGGGGGCCACCCGGGAGGGGACGUGAACCAGAGGGGCACCCUGAGGGAUGGAGCCCGUGGGCCCCGAGGGCCCCGGGAUAAGGCAGGGAAAGCAGAGGUGGAGCGGUCACCGCCGUCCACAGGUCACGGACGUAGGGCCCGGGCCAACAGGGACUGGGCAAUGGAGAGCUCGGCCGCCCGGCUGAGCUCCUGGCCCGGGAGGAGGCCAGCCCGCCUGGCCGAGGGCACGGUAUGGGUGAGGGCGGGACAGGGUCCCCUCACACUGGCCCAGCCCAAGACCCCUCCUGUCACCGGCCACUUGCCAGCCCGGGUCCCCCGUUUGAAAGCCAUCCAGGAUGUGGCCCCUGCCCCCCGCAAGAAUACAGCCACCCCUUCCCUGCAGGGGCAGUGAACUACCCGCCCGCCCCACCUCUCCUCCCCUCCCCCGACAGACCCCAGGGUCUCUGGGUCAGUGGGGGCCGUAGAAGCAGCCUCCGCACAGGUGGGUCCCUAGAACACCGGGUCAGGUGGGCAUCUGGCUGGGUGGGCAUGGGGCCCACUGGCCCCCACCCGGCCCCCACCCUGCUCUCCGCCCCGCUCAGUUCAGGGAAACGGCCAGCCUUCACUGCAAGCCGAGGGCCGCCAUGUGCAUUUACACCGGGCUCCACCCGGGACGUUUCUGCCAUUGAGGGUUUUGGCCCACCCAGGUGCCACCACCUCCCCUUGGCUGGGGCGGCCUCAGUCUUUCAGUGGGUAGCCUUCCUCUGACCCCUGCUACCGAGCCCCGGCUGGCCGGGCUCCCCUCAGGCUCUUUGCCCCAAGGAGGCCAAGCCCUCCAGGCCCACCCUGCCUCUACCCUGGCCCACCCUACCUCUCCUCUGGCCCUUGGGUCCAAGCCUCAUCUCCCCUUUCCCUGUUGCUCCCCUUCCUCGCCUCCCUUAAGCUCUGUGCUCACGUCACCCUUCCCUUCCGUCCUACCCCCUCUGGAGUGUCUGGGGCGGACCAUCCUGGGCAUCCUCCCAACCCGGCCUAGGACUCGGAUGACCCUUCUUCAUUUCCCCCUUAAAAGGGGCAGAUGCAGUUGGAGGAGGAGCCAUGGGGUAGGUCCCCACCCCCAUCGCCCAUCUCCAGCGGGCCCCAGCUACCUGGAGGAGACCGCUGGCUGGUCAGCCCUUGAAAGGCAAGAAGCUCUGGCUGCUGGAUGGGGCUGGUGGGAGCCCCGCUCCCUGGGGCCACGAGGGCUGCUGGCCAAAGGGCCCCAGCUCUAUCUCCCGCAGGAUUGGCUGCAGGCCAUCCUUUAUGCACAACUUUUGCUGACCCCCACUCCCCACUUGACAACUUGACCCAGAAGCACUGCUUUCUUACACUCCAGACAGUCCGUCCUUCCUCAGCCACUCGGUCUCCUCUGCCCACCAGUUCUGCAUACCCUGCUCCCUCUCCCCUGCUGCCGGGGCCUGGCCACGACGAAGUCCUGGAGCCCUCUGCCAGCCAGAGAGAGAUUCCACCCUUGCCUCCCCCCAGCUCGUCCCCACCCGUUCCAGAAAUGCAGCUGCUUCUGGGGUAGGAUAAGGAGCACCCCAGCAGCACGGGAGAGGAGAAGGCAAGUUGUGAGUUGAGGUUUCGGCUCAGGGUUCUUGAUAUAGUUGCCCUGCCUGCACCACUCUUCUCUUGGUCUCGCCCUGGAGAGGCCUCUCCCCCAAUCUAGCCUCUCUCUAUCCAUCCAGGUCCCUGGCCCAUCGCAGAGAACCUGUCCCCACCUCUCUCCCUUCCCUGGCCCUGAACGCCUUUGACUUGGGAAUUUGAAACCAAAUCCCUCACUCCCUCCUCCUGGCUGGCCCCCCAUCUUGCCACAGGCCGCCUGAAUCGAUUGGAGCCGGAGGGAGGAAACUCAGCUACUUUGCACACUAAACCCCCUGGUCUCCUCCUGCGGGUCCUUUACGGGUCUUCUCUUCCCUCUGGAGGUUUGCUCAGCCCGUCGCCUUCAGCAGAUCCAUACCCAUGUCAGCCCUCCUUGGUACCUGGGAGUUUUUCCAGUCACCCCAUCCCCUGCACUGUGGCUCACCACGGGCUCCGGGCCAGCGUUGCCCUCGGUGACGAGGCUGGGAGAGCUGCUAUUCCCAGCUGCUACUCUCCCCCUGGCUCCCGCUGGGUCAGGUCUGCUCCUGCUCUUGCUCUGCUUUUCCUCCUCCUCCCGGGCCGCUCUCCACCCGCUUUUCCUCCCAAGAUCUGCCCGUUGGAGCCACGGGGGCCCAAGGGAACGGAUCGGCGACUUGUACCCUCAGCGCCUAUUGCGGAGGAAGAGUUUCUACCUUGCAUCUCAGCGCUUUCCCGACCAAGCCAAAACAACUUGGAGGACGGCAGGAGCUUAGCUCUCUCCUGGGCCCGUCUGGCGGGGAAACUGCAUGCGUGUGUCUGCGCGUAUGUUGCGUGUGCAUGGGCGCAUGUGAGCGUGGCUGUCAGAGGGAGAGCUCACCUUGUCCCUGUGGGCCCACCUGCUCCCAGAUUUACCAAGAUGUUUCCGGCAGCCUCGCCGCGGGCCUUCCCAGGUCUCGGCUGUGCCCUGAGGGGCACUCGCUUCCUCGUCUCCUCCUGCAGGCCCAAUCCCCUCCAUGGUCCUCCCGGCUCACGCUGCCACCUGGGAGGGUCCGGCCCUAUUCCCGGCCCCCUUUUCUACCCCUUGACCACCUCGGCCCCUCCUUCACACACACACACACACCCCUUUCCCUCCAUGCAGUCAGAUCUUUUCUCGGGGAGGGGUUUGGGCAGUCAGCCCCUCCCACCCAAAACUUUCAAGUGCCAACAGCCAAGGGUGCCACCUUGGAAAUGGGUCCAAUCCGUCCCCUCUCUCCCAGCACCAGAAGCAUCGGCAGUCCUCCGUGGGAAACGGAGCCGUGGCACGUGGCCCUGGGUAUUUGUGCCAAGGGACAGGGCUGGGGGCUGCCCGAUGGGCCCUGGGAACACGGCCCUGGCCGGGCCGGUUCUGCUCCGUUACCCGUUGUGGCUUCAGGCCCGCUGUUCCCUUGGUGCGCCUCACCUCCAUCCUAACUAUCUGGGCCUGGUUGGACGGGCAGAGCUGCCCUAACCCUGGGCUGAAAGUGCCAGGGUCCCUGGGCACCCAACAGGGAGACUAGCAGCAAAAGAGGGGCAAACAGUGCCACCCAACAUGGUCACCCUCAGUCCCUGCUGCUGCCAUAAGCCCUCAGCCGAGGGCAGGCAGGGUUCGGACUCGGGCUCCCCGAGGAUCUCCCGCAGCACUGCCCUCUCCAUCUUCCCCCUCCAAGCUGCCUCACGGGGUCCGCAGCCCGCCAGGCUUCAGUGCCCAUCUUGGCACUCCAGUCUCCACCUGGACCCCCACCCCUCUUCCUCAGGGCAGGUCGGAGCGGGAAGCCCAAGGCAGCAGAAGUCCCCGGGCCUGUGGGAAUCCAGGCCCAGCCAAAUCCCACCCGGCUCCAUUUUCGGAGAGCUGGGGAGGGGGCCCUGACCAGUCUUAAUAUGCAAUCACCAGGGAAACAGCCCCUCUCCGAACCCCCCCCCACUUGCCCACCCUCUCCGUGCCCCGUUCUCACCUGACCCGUUUUUUUUUUUGUACCGAAUGUAUGAAAGAUCCAAACUAAUAUCACUGUAAAAAGGAGAGACAAAUUAAUAUAGCCUAUUCUAUAAAUAUAUCUGUAUAUAAAGGUUUCUGUAUAUUGUAUAGAGCGGUGUAUAAACUGGAUGUAGAAGCCGACUGCGUAUCGUGCGACUCUUCCCUGCUGCAGGGGCCGGGGCGCUGGAUUUAUCCGCCAGGAUUGCGCUUAUAGCAACUUGGCCUAGUGGGAAGAGGACGGGAUUGGGAGU